CACAACGGCGCCAUCUCACGCGGAGAGAGAGAGAGAGAGACGCGCGACGAAUACCCCCACAGAGACGAGAUUUAAGAGUGGAGAGACGAAGAGGCGGAUCUCUCUGUUUCCGGGAGGAGCGACAGAGAAACACGGCAGCAGUAGCAAAUGACAGCACAUGCGUGUGCUUCUUCAACCAUGUGCAUCUUGUGAUUGCAGCAGUGGGGCGACCUCAUACGUGCACGCAUACACACAAACAACGGGGUUGACCUCGCGCACGCAGACAAACACACCGAACAAAAUCCCCCCCCCCGCCUCCGAUGAGUUGUUGUUGAUGGUCGGGUUCUUAGGCGAGUACCAGGGAGUCCCGUCGCGUUGAUCGAGAGAGCGCUACUUGGGAAUUGGGAGCGCUCGCAUCUUUUGGUCUCGGCGUUCUUGGAGGAUUUUUUUCGCAGUUUCUGUUUAGUAUUGUGACCACCCGGCGUCUGGCCGGUGUUAUUGUAAUAAUAAUAGCAACAAUGUCGAUGGUCAUGUCAUAGGUUGCAUCGGCAAGCAGGCAUGUUUCAAUGCUGAAGAAUCAUAGUAAUAUAAAGUACGCUAGUGACGGUAACAGUCGUAGUAUUAAUAGUUUGGCACCGUGUAGUAGUUUACCACGCACGUUCCCUGUUAAGCGCUGGCCGUUUUCACAGACUCCAAAUUGUGGACAAAAUGACGACGGCCAACCCCCCCCCCCCACUAUGCAUGAUUAAUUAAAAGAAAAAUCUACAAAAAAUAAUACUGCUGCUUCUGAUAAGUGCAGGCAGCCGCACCCCCGCUUACUGAAUCUGAUCGCUGCCGGCGCGUGUACAUAUUAUACAUAUUUUCUGUACAUAUAUUUUUUUAGAAUCUUAAUUUUUUUUCUUAUUUUCACCAUUUUUAGUUGGGGACCCCUCCCUCGACGUGCCGUUUUUCCGCCAAUAGCUGCUCCGCAUGCGGCGGCAAAAGUUGAGAAAUUCGUAAAAUUUUGCGUCAAGUGCUCGCAUCGCUUAAUUUAAGGAGAUAUCCAAUCCGGGUCGCGGUGGAGUUUAGAGAGUGGCGCCACGGUGAGGAGGAGGUGGAAGAGGAGCAAAAACGAGAGUCUCUGACCCGUCGCGUUCGCUUCCUGAGAGUCGCUUCCUCGGGAGACAUGAGGUAGUUGUGGACCAGCGUUCAUGUCAUGUUCUUAGCGGUUGAGGGGGGGAUGGGUACACAAUAAGAUUCAAGCUGAAGGAGUCCGGAGCCUCAGAUCGCGCGGUUUGUUUUCAUGAGGCUGCGACGUAAAUAGACGAUGGGAGCGAGCGCAUCGAGGUGAAUUCGCGAGGCGUAUGUAAUUCCCUUACUGUGGUAGUUGUUGUUGUGUUGUAUUUUUUUUAUUACGGUCAAAAAAGUUAGGUAGUUAUUACUAAAAUACUUUGGGUUGGGUUUUCACUUUUCAAUUUGCGCUGGGCUCAGGAAUGACUUCGCGAUGAGCGCGUAGCAGAAUCACCGAUUGUUACGAGCAGCUCUUGGCAGCUUGGAUGCUUUUUAUUUGUAAUUUUGCUUGUUUUAGUCAGGCGAAGUGUUGAGCGGCACACGAAUAUUGUACAUAUUAGUAACAGGACACGCGUACGUGUGGGCACGUGCACACACACACCCGGAGUCAGGGGGGGGAGGGGGGGGGUGGAGCGGCAGGACUAUAAAAUACAAACUAGACUCAGCAACUGAAGGUGGAAGACACAUCAUCGCGGCUGCCGAGGAGAGUAGGCGCCCGACGGGGUGACCCUGUGGGGUCUCGGCGCAGCUCUCCCCCCCCCCCCCCCCCCUUACGCCUCCAACCCCGACCGGCGGCUGCCCCGGGGCAUUGAAACGCUGUGCAAGAUCUACAGCCCUCCCCCAGCUUCCAAGGGAUUCUUUGCUGGCCAGGGUGCCCCCCGCUGUCUACAGCCGGGGGGGGACCUCCCCUCGCUGUGGCCCCCCUUGCGUUCCCUCACCCCGGCCAGACCCCCUCCGUUGGCGGAGGAGCAGCGCAGGAGCUGGCAGGGCCUUCGUCUCACCGGCCUCGCCGACCCAGCCCGGCCAGACCUACCCGCUGCCCGUGGGUCCCAGCCAUGAGAGUUCAUGCCUGGCUACAGUGAAUGCAAGACACCCGACCUAAAUGGCGCAGCAUGAUUUUGCUCCAGCCUGGCUCAGCUUCCCUACUCCGCCCCCUUCCACCGCCAAGCUCCCCCCAACUCCAGAGCGCCCUGGGGACCACGUGUCGAGGCCCGACGGUCGUGCCGGCUCCAGCCGACGCCGGCACAACUCGUCCGAUGCCUUCCUGGACGCUGGCUUUGGGCGCAACCCUGAUGUCCGCACGCGCCCCAUCUCGCGUCAGAACUCCCUAGAAACGGAGCCGGUCCGCGGCACUGGUAACCACGGCAACCGCCGCCCGCCCGGGCGCCUCCACUCCGACGGUGGGGCGUCGCGCGGCUCCUACCACUGGGAAGGCGGCGGCGGCGGAGGCCAGCGCGGCGGACCCUACCACGACGGAGACGGGCGGGGAGGCGGAGGAGGGGGCGGGGUCCACCGCGGGAGCUACCACGGCGACGGCGGAGGGGGCGGCCAGCGCGGCGCGCCGUACCACCCGGACUCGGACGGCCCUCGGCGCUGCUACCGCGAUCGUGACCGGGAUCGGGACCGGGACCGGGACCGGGACCGGGAUCGAGACCACCGGGAUCGGGACCGGGACGGCGGUGGGCACCGCUCGCGGAAUGGAGCAUUCCACGGCGGAGGGCACAAGGGCCGACGGGGCGGCAUGGAGGACGGCGGGCCGGGCGGCAUGGAGGACGGGCCGCGACGGGGAGGAGACGACAAGACGGACGAGAAGCAGUUUGAAGUGGAGGACUUUCCAUCGUUGAACCCAGAUGCCGAUCGAGACCCAGGGCAGGGCAAGCCUGCCAACGUGCCGACCGGCGUUUGGGAGAACCCCCCGAACCCCCGCCCGCGCUCCACCAAGAUGCUGGUCAUCAAGAAGUCAUGCCGCGAGGAGAGCUUCUCGGCCGCCUUCGCCUCCACGCUGGCGCCGCCGUGCGGGGCGCCAGCGCCAUCACUCCGCUGCAGCUCUGCUCUCCCUCGUCCUCCUCCUCCUCGUCCGCCUCCUCGUCCGCCUCCUCUUCGUCGUCGUCGUCGGCCUCUUCCGGCGCCAGCGGCGGCCCCGCCGCACGGGUCCACCACCCGGCCUCCUCCGCACACAACGGCGUACGGUGGUGGCGUGGCCGGAGUGGGGAAGGUGGCGGGUUCCAGCGGUGCGGGCAGCGGAGUGGCUGGGGUGGGGUCCAGCAGCAUUUACAAGAUCCUGGUGCCCAAGCCAGCGGCGCUGCCAGCCAAGCCCUCGCUGUGGAAGAACCCCGGCAACGGCAAGGACGCGCGAUCGUCGGGCCCGUUCACCCGCGACUCGGCCUUCCGCCUCUACUCGCCGUUCUCCCCCAAGCCGGCGCCGCCUCCACCAGUCCCCGUUGCUUCCGUGGCGACGGCGCCCGCUCACAACCACAAGGAAUCGGCGGCGGCGCCGGCCUCGACGGCCUUGGCGGCGGCGGCGCCGGCGUCUCCGGGAUCGGCGGUGAUCCCGGCGGCGGCGGCGGCGGCGACGGCGGCCGCCGUGGUGGCGGCGUCGUCCCUGAGGCCGGCGUCCACCUCCCCGGUGGAGGUGGCCGGUUCGUCGCUGGCGCCGCGCCUCACCAAGCUGGGCCGUGCUCGCAACAACGGCAAGAGCGAGUUCCUCAAGACGCUGAAGCGCGAGGCGAGGAACGGCGAGCCCGGCGGGCGUCCUCGCACUGCCAGCACCGCCAACGCCGCCCACAGCCCAGCAGGUGUGGUUCGCAGCAGCAACAACAACAACGGCACGCGUCUGGAGGAGACCGAGUCGCCCGUGGACUCGGGAGCGCAGUUGGCAUCCGAUUGGCCAGAACACCGGGGUCAGAGGUCGCCGGAGGCGUCGUCAUCGCCUGACGAUCACAUGCUGUCCAGCUCGCUGGAGGCCGAACACAGGCUCCUGAGGGAGAUGGGCUGGACAGAGUUGUGUGAGCAAGACGAGGCGUUCGAGCCCCUCACCGAGGACGAGAUGAAGGAAUUCCAGCGCAUCAGCGAGAAGCUGCAGAGCAACGGACUGCGCCGCAACGGGCUGCUGAAGCACGCGCCGGCCACCGUCGCCAUCACAUCCCCCGCGUCGUCCUCCUCCUCCUCCGCCUUCUCCUCGUCGGCCACGGUGGCCAAGGUGGCGGUGCCCGGCCCCUCGGCCGCCCCCUCGCCCGGAUUCCGUUUCCCGAGCUGGGGCGCGGCGCUGCUGAGCGAGCCCGAGCUGCUGGCGGUCGCCCACGGCGACGGCCAUCUCCUCGCCCACGACGACGGCGGCGGCGGCGGGGACGGCGACAGCACCAGCACCUCCUCCGACACGUCCGACGACGACGACCUUUGACCCCGCGACCUCUUCCCCCCCCCUCCACCUCUUCCCCCCCCCCCACCUCUCCCCCCCCACCUCUCCCCCCCCCACCUCCAAUCCCCCUGCAACCGCUAAGGCCCCGGCGAUGCAGCCCCUAAUUCUUUUCUUACCCCCCCCCCAAACCACCACGUUUUUCUCAUCCUCUUCCAACUCUUUUCUCUUAAAUUUUUUUUAAUUCUCUUCGUUGCCCCCCCCCCCCCCCACCGACCUCCCUGGGCGGCAGGAACGCGAGCAAAGGUGUUGAAAGCGUCUGUCGUCGAGGAAAUGGAAGCGCAAAGGAUAACAAAAAAAUGACAGAGAGAGACCGACAACGGAGGAAGGAGGAAGGAACAAUAUAUAAACAAAAAUAACAUCGAAAACUGAAACGGAGUGGAAUAAUGGUAAAAAAAAGGAAUUUUGUUCGGACGAAGUACAUCAAGAGACAAAGCCAAGAGAAUUGGAAGAAGAAUAGAAACCAACAAACGUCGUAGAACUACUAAAACGGCGAGGGACGUAACACCACCCACCGGAAUCUGACACAGGCGCCUCGCUUGCGCCGGCGGGGCACCGUCCUGAAACUUCGAGGAGACGCAGAAGAAAAAAAACAAAAAAACGACCGCUGGAAACGAGACGCUGAAGCGACAAAACACA